UAUAAUUUAUGGAUGGAAUGACAAGCCAAGCUCACUUCUGGUGAAAUUGCAGAUCUCACCUUAGUUGCCUCCUCCGUCUUCGCUCCCUCCGCAGCGUCAGAUCGGCCGUCGCUCGCCGAGCCCUAGCGCCGCCGAUCUCAGCCCGUACCAGUCUUGCAGAUCGGGGUCGCGCCGCGGCGGCAAGAACGAUGGCCGAGGAGGCCAAGUACCUGGAGACGGCGCGGGCCGACCGCUCCGUGUGGCUCAUGAAGUGCCCCCCGGUCGUCUCCCGCGCCUGGCAGGCCGCCUCCGCCUCCGCCUCUUCCUCCGACGCCGCUAACGCCAACCCCGUUGUCGCCAAGGUCGUCCUUUCCCUCGACCUGCUCCGCCCAGAAGAACGCCCCGAAGAGCGCCCGGAAGAGCCCACGCUCCAGUUCAAGAUGGAGUUGGCACAAACUAACACUGGGAAUACACCUAAGAGCUACUCUUUGAAUAUGUUCAAAGAUUUCGUGCCUAUGUGUGUUUUCUCCGAAUCUAACCAAGGGAAACUUUCAUGCGAAGGAAAAGUCGAGCAUAAAUUUGACAUGGAACCUCACAGUGAUAAUUUGGCGAACUAUGGAAAGUUAUGUCGUGAAAGAACACAAAAAUAUAUGGUUAAAUCUAGACAAGUGCAGGUACUUGACAAUGACCACGGUAUGAGCAUGAGACCAAUGCCUGGCUUGGUUGGUCUCAUACCUUCUGGUUCAAAGGAAAAGAAGAAACAAGCACCAGCGAAACCAUCCGAUGUCAAAAGAACUCGUAGGGAUCGUACGGAGAUGGAAAACAUUAUAUUCAAGCUUUUUGAAAGGCAACCCAAUUGGGCACUAAAGGCGCUGGUGCAAGAAACUGACCAGCCAGAGCAAUUUCUGAAGGAGAUAUUGAACGAUCUCUGUGUGUAUAAUAAACGAGGACCAAACCAGGGAACUCAUGAGCUUAAGCCAGAGUACAAGAAAUCCACAGGGGACACUGAUGCUGCUUAAAGAUGAUAGACGACUUGGUUGUUUAUGUGCAGAAUCGCUAGUUCUCUGUCGGUAACUCGGGCACACAAACACAAGCGUGAUCUAGUUUUAUUUGUAUGCUUUAAGAGGUGUUAUUUGUAAGCUGGAUACACAUUUGUUUAGAGAGGAAAAGGGGAAAGAUAAUUGAAACAAAAUGUAAGAGUCUAAAUUGUUGGACCAAUGUUCUUUAUCGGGUAUUAAAUUUAGUCAGUUGGAAGUGGAGUGAAUAGGUGAAA